AUGGAGCCCAGCGAGAUCGAGGCCAUCAACUCUUUCUUCCGUGACACGCUCGACUCCCCGCAACCGUUGCGCAGUGGUGCGCCAACGCCGUCCUCGUCCUCCGCCGUCCUACGCCCGGUCCCAUCGUGGGACGAGGCGGAAGUCAUGCUGUGCGCAUCGCACAUACCCAUCACCUCCGAAAUGGACAUCGACAGCUACCCGCCCGACGUGACCCCGCAGCUAGCAGCCAUCAGUCUCACCGAUCCCGCCGGGCCGAUCGACAUACGGACGGUCUCAACCCCGGUGGCUGCUGGCAGCGGCAGCAGGCAGGAAGUCCGUCUGAGCUGCGCGCAGGUCGAGCAGAUCCACGCCACCAAGGAGGUGUUGAUGGCGCAGCAGACCGAGAUUGCGGGCCUGCGGACCAACCUCCGAAAGAUCCACGCUGGGCUGCGACACGGGCGGCAUGAGGCCGUGAGGAAGGUGCGGGAUUACAUGAUUUCCUGGUGGGAGAUAACUGAUGUUGAGGCUGCGCGGCUUGCUUAUGAUAGGCAUGCUGAUGAUGCUUCGAAGUUGGCGAUGUUGCGGGCGGUCUCGCACCCUGCUCGGGAGCUGGAGGCGGAGUACCAACGUGUCGACUGGGCGUUGACGGAGCGGGAGAACCGGUUGGUCCAGUCAAUGGAGGACCUUGCGGGGCUGUUGGAUCAGCUGCGCGUGUCGUUUGCCGGAGGCGUUUCCACGGAGGAGGACUAUGAGGGGGCGGUGGUGGCGGGUGAAGGGGCUGUGGGCGUCGUAAGCAGCCGCGAGCAUGGUUUGAAGGCGUUCUCCCAUCCUGAGGCCGCACAGAGGCUGCGAGAGCUGCGGGGUCAGUUGGACGAACUUGACGGGCAGAUGGUCUCGAUGGUGGAAGUCCAGAAGAUUGAGAAUCCCUUGGUUUCCGACAGAAGACUUGAACGCGAUGCGGUGGAGUUUAUGCGAACUUACGAUGAACGACGGAUGAAUCUGUUUCGUGAGUACCGGGCCAGACUGUCGUUUCUUGAGACCCUCACGGCCAGGCACGUCGAUCCGCUGCGGCUGUCGUCUCAUGAGCUCAAAAAGAGCAGCAUCUUCGAGCCGGCGCCAGUCCAGAGCCCGUCGCCGAACGUCUUUGUCAACCAGUGGCUUUUGUUCCAGCUGAGGACCUCGUCCUUGGAGGCGGCGCGCAUCCGCUCGCUCCCGGAGUGGCAGGCACUGCGUGGCCAAGGGUGGACCGACGCCGGCAUCAGCCGUCUGGCGCUCAUGCUCUGGUUCUCGGAUGACACCGUCCGGCCGUACACGGGCUCCACAAUCUCGUUUCCGGUUAUUGUUUUUCUUUGGUGGUUUGGAUUCGUAUCCCUGAUUCGCCUUGGGUGGGACGACUUUGGAUUCUUGAAUGAGGAAUUCUUUGGUGGCGUUUGCGAUAAUUUGGGAAUCGAGACGAUGUCUUCAUAG